AUGUAAGAAGAUUAGAGAGGAAUUAACGUCAUUCCUUUGUCAUUAUAGAAAUAAAUUGAUAUUUGGUUUUAAUCAGAGGGAGAUGGACAUGUCCAGAAGAGCAGACAGGCUUUGAGGCAGGGUGGGAAACGCAGACCACCAGCCGAACACACACUAACACACAUGCACAAAAGCAAAACUCAAAGGAUUUCAAAUGGGACCGUGAAACAUUUGCUGCCCGGUGUGGAUCCAAGGGCCUUUUCUAUGUCGGAAUGGGCGGCACUACGAGAUGGAAAGGAUGCUGGGUAAGGAACUCCAGAGAGUUAGACUGAUCCCACACCGUCUCUCUAUUUCUCCCUGCACAGAUCCUGGAGCUCAGGACUCGGUCAUGAACUUUGCUCUCUCUGUAUUGAGGCUCAUGUGCCUGGCCUGGCUGUGGCCCGUCGUCCUUCUCAAAGGAAGUAACACGCAAAACCAGCGCAGGCACAAGGACGUCUACCUGGGCGAAAACACACGGCACAAACAUGGAGGACGAAUAGACUUUAAAACAAAGAAGUCUGACAGCACCAAAUCUCUGCUGAUUAAAUCAGAGCAGCUCUUGCGAAUUGAAGAUCACGACUUUGCCAUGAGGCCUGGUUUUGGAGGUUCAGCUAUUCCAGUGGGCAUCGAUGUGCAGGUGGAGAGCAUUGACAGCAUUUCAGAGGUCAAUAUGGACUUCACUAUGACCUUGUACCUCAGGCAUUACUGGCAGGACGACAGACUGGCAUUCCCAUCCAGCAAUAACAAAAGCCGAACUUUUGAUGCUCGGCUGGUGAAAAAGAUCUGGGUGCCAGACGUCUUCUUUGUUCACUCCAAGCGUUCUUUCAUUCACGACACCACCAUGGAAAACAUCAUGCUCAGAGUGUAUCCAGAUGGAAACAUUCUCUACAGCGUCAGAAUCACAGUGACGGCUCUCUGCUCUAUGGACUUCAGCAGGUUUCCUCUAGACACACAGAACUGUUCUCUAGAGCUGGAGAGUUACGCUUACAAUGAGAACGACCUCAUGCUCUAUUGGAAGAAUGGGAACGAUUCAUUAAGGACUGACGAGAUUGCACUCUCGCAGUUUUUUAUUGAAGAAUUCCACCCUUCCUUCGGGCUAGCCUUCUACAGCAGCACCGGCUGGUAUAACAGGCUGUACAUAAACUUCAUCCUCAGGAGACACAUAUUCUUCUUCAUGCUGCAGACAUACUUUCCCACAAUGCUUAUGGUCAUGCUCUCCUGGGUGUCCUUCUGGAUCGACAGGAGAGCCGUACCGGCCCGUGUCUCUCUAGGUAUCACAACAGUGCUGACCAUGUCUACUAUAAUAACAGGCGUCUCAGCGUCAAUGCCUCAGGUGUCUUAUGUGAAGGCGGUGGACAUUUACCUUUGGGCCAGUUUCCUCUUUGUUUUCCUGUCGGUCAUUGAAUAUGCUGCCGUGAACUACUUCACCACGGUGGAAGAGAUGAAAAAACUUCGGAAAGGAAAGCUUCCAGUGUCCUACGACGCAACCCAGGCUAUGGCCUACGAUGGCUGUUUUCACGAUGACAUAGAUGUAUCGCCUUUCCCCGAGCUCCCCACCACACCCAGCACGACGCGGACCAUCCCACCCAGAGCCUCCUCCACCGAGCCUCCGCCCACCGAAGGCACGAGACUCUGGAGGAAACGCUCAGUCGGCAAAAACAUCAGAUUCAUAAUGAGCAACAGCUACAUGAUUGACUCGUACUCCAGAAUCAUCUUUCCACUGGCGUAUCUUCUCUUCAACAUCAUCUACUGGUGUAUCUACUCCUGAUCCUCUAGCUUGAGUUUUUCAGAUCAGUUGCUGUAAUAUUAUCGCACAAGACAAAAUGAAUGCUCUGACAAUAAGCACAAGUGACCUGACAAAGAGGACAGUUUUGUUUACGUGUAACUGGAGAAAAAUCCAGAUGGAGAUAUGGAGAGCUCUUAAGUGUUUUGCUUUUCUCAUAGCAUUUGAAGGAAUGUCGUUUUUCAUAAACCCUCAAAUGCAAGGAGCACGUUCAUAUCAUUCUAGAAUAUACUGAGCAGUUGCUUACCUGACUCUUGUGACCGUUCUUAUGGGAUCCAUCCACCACCCUGGCUUUAUCUCCUAGAAUUCAUUAGAUCUGACAGCAGAAACUCCAAAGCAAGCCAUCCU